AUGGAAAAUUUGCUUCAAAGUCUGGAUUUAAUGGGAUACAUUGAUGAUACGUGUCCCUCUCUGCUUCGAUUCUUGAUUACUGACGAUGGCAUAACUGUUGAAGUUACUAGGGAUUUUAUGGAAUGGAACAGAAACGAUACGGCAGUGCUAAGCAUCAUCUCUGCCACUAUAUUACUCAAGCACAUUGUCCUUUUUGGUUGGCAGCAGAAAUUCAAGGGUGGCUUUGUUAAAUUUGGGGGACAAAUAUCCUACUGUUCCAAAAUUCGAUGUGAUGCAACUCAAGACCAAUCUGCAUACAAAAAUGAUGAUUCUAUAAACAAGUAUCUUCAACGUAUCAUAUAUACUAGAGACGGAUGUCUGAACUCAGCCCUGGGAAUAGACCCAUCCAUUUACAACGAAGAUUUUAAUGAAAUCGGUGAUGCCAGGCAAUGCAGUUCGUUCGUGACAAGGGUUAAUCCGGUCCAAGCUGGUUUGGAGAGUAUAAACCCUCUUAAGAAGCAACAUAAAGAUGGAAGCGAGGAAGAGAAAAGUAAGAUAAAAUAUGUUUUUGAGGACUUUGGCGAGUUUGUAGCUGAUAAUGAUGCUUCAUGCGAUGAUGAUGACUCAUCGGAUGGAGAGGACUCAUCUGACGGAGAACAAGAGAGCCUCCUCCUUGUUCAUGAGCAUCGUUACAAAGACAAUGAACAGGAAAGUAGAGGUCUGUUUGCUUUGGACAGAAAUUUGGUCACUGACCUUGCCUUCUUGUACACCAAGCUUCGGGGCCUAAGUGAAGAAUACAAAUGGAAUGGAACUUACCGACUGGAGUUUAAGGGUAUCAGGCUCAAUCAACAAACUGGUAAUUUCGAAAAAGAAACAAUUUGGUAUACUCAGCCCGAGCCCUUUCCAGAUUUCCUUAAAAGGGUUUUUCAUAUCGACAUGUAUCAAAUCAGCUCUGGUGAUGGAGAGAAGACUUCUGCCAACUCAAGUGCUACUGAUGAUUUAAAGUUCAGAUUCUCCUCGAAGGAUCCCUCUACCAAAAAAGAAGCUUUCAAGGAUGACAAAAGUCACAAGAUAAUAAGCAAGGAGUUCCAUCCAUACUUGGAAUGGUCUGCAGAUGCUGAUGCCGACCUUCCACCUCUGCAAUGGCCAUUAAUUGAUAAGGAGGGAAAUAUUGACAUGGCGGAGUAUAAAGACCUAAUUUCACAUACCCUUAUGCACUUGAUGCUUGGAAUGUACACAGAGAAUGAUGCUAAGGAGGUUCUGAGAGAUGUACUGAAGAAUGAAAUGGAAAUCACAAUGGAGGAUCAUUAUUGUGGCAAGUUGUUGGAGCUGCUGGUAUUAGACAAACAUGUUAGGCUGUUUCGACCUGACUCCGGGGUGACAGAGCUGAUGAAGAUCGCCAGACCAACAAUGAAUUGGACUAUUGAUCGGAAGAAUAGCCAAGAAAGGUGAGCUCUGGAAAAUCGGAAGAAGGCAGUGCCAGCAAGAAGUUCAUCAGUCAUUCUGAGCGACAUAGAGAUGGAAAUGAGGAACAUAAAAGUAAGGAACAAUAUGUUUUUGAGAGUCAGCUCGUUUAUAGCUGAUACUGAUGCUUCAUGCGAUGAUGAUAACUCGUCGGAUGGAGAGGACUCAUCUGACGGAGAACAAGAGAGCCUCAUUCUAGUUCAUGAGCAUCGUUACAGAGACAAUAAACAAUAAACUAGAGGUGUGUUUGCUACAGAAAAUUUGGUCAUUGACCUUGGCUACUUGAAGGAAAAGAUUGAGGGCAUAUGUGUUGCAAUUAAUUUAGUGGUUUCUCUACUGAGUGGGUCAAUGUCCGUCAUGGUGAGGCCAGGGCAAGGAAGGCCGCUGAGGCUGAGAAGGAAGAAAAUAAGUAGAAUGCUUCUUCUCUGCGUGUUCAAUAUUUCCCAAGGAUUGCUUGUCUUGCCAGAUGCAAAUUAGCUUUGUCCUAUUUUCUGAGACAUCUAAUGGAUCGAUAAUAUUAGAUUUUGUAAUUUCAGUUCA